AUGGCAGUAUCUUAUCUGCUUGCAAUCAACCGUGUAUUCGAUGCCAUUGAAGUCUAUCGUAAAUCUGGAUACAUACAAGAAGCAAUUUUGCUUGCCAAACAACGACUUCCAAUGCAACACGAAAUCAUUCAAAGUCUUUAUUUGGAAUGGGGACAACAAAGUGAAGAAUCAAACAUAAUACAAAGUGUUAAAUGCUAUAUAUCGGCAAACAAACCAGAGUUGGCAAUAGAUUUAUUAAAGAAAAGAAAUUCAUCUAAAAAUUUCACUUUGUUAGGUGUCUUAUUGAGAUUUUUCAAAUCCAUGGAGACUGAAAUAUCAACAAGGAAUUUAAAAAAUAAAAGAGAUUUUCAAUUCCAAAUUAUUAGAGGAUUAACAUUUAAGAGAAAUGAAAAAAAUAGCUCAGUAAAAUCAAAAUCAGCAUCUGUGUUUAGAUCAUCAAAGGAAUCUAAAACUUCAACAAAAGAAGUAUCAAGUUCAAAUAAUAAUAAUAAUAAUAAUAGUAAUAAUAAAACAGUGUUACCAAAAUCAAAAAGUGUAGUUUUUGAUUUUGGAGAACUUGAAAAGAAUCAUAAAUAUAAGAAUAAAUCAUGCUGCAGCUCUACCCACACUUCUCCAACCCUGACAAGUGCCAAACAAACUUGUUUAUCCUCAGAGGUCAAAAAUGAAUUGGUAACCGAACCACAAAUCGAAACCUUGGAUAUAGCCGACAAAAUUAAAAUAUUCAAGGAUAAAGAAAACAGUUCGAUGAAAACCAAUUUAAAUUUAGAUCGAAUUAAAUUGAAAAGGCUGCCCUCCAAGAGAAAAGUAAAUAGUAGAAAGAACCUUACGAUUAGAAACUCUACCUCCCUGCCAAGUUUGACAAUGAUGACUGCCACAUCUCCUCCAGCCGCACCACUCACUCCAAACAAGAAAAUAUUAAAAUCAAGGAAACCACCAGUUCCACCAAGAUCAAACAGUCCACAAACAACACUAGAUAUCAAUCCACAGACAUCGAGUAUCGAGAAUAACCACAACUACCAACAUGAACAUAAACUCCAACCAAUCAAAUUUGAAAGUGAAAUAGUUUCAGAUUCAGUUUAUAUAGACAACAAUACGUCAUCGAGUUCUAUCGAUUCAGAAUACAGUACAGAGGAUGACACUUUUCCAGAUACUUCCGAGUUGGAUAGUGUUGGUAGCAGUGUACCUACAACACCGAUGGGUAAUGACUCGAAAAAGAACUCGCUGACACUUCAACAAAUGGAAAUGAAUGCCCUGGCUUCUUUGAAUGAACUACUCACCACAGAGGAGGAUUAUCUUCGUGAUCUAGAUUAUGUAAUCCAAGAUAUAAUGGUUCCGCUGAAAAAGAAGAAAUACUCCAAGACAGCCAUUGAAUCAAUUUUCUCCAACAUUGAAAUCAUUAGAAAUAUUAGUUUCACACUUAUCACUGAUUUGAAAGGUGCUGGAAAUGAUAUAAAUUUAAGUAACACUAUUAAGAUUUUUAAGAAAUUACAUGCAUUCUUAAAAAUGUAUUCACAAUAUUGUAAGAAUCACUCGAAAGCAUUACUUGCAAUUGAAGAUCUUUCAAAGUCAAACAGUAGUUUCUCUCAAUUCAUAAGUGAUGUUUCGGCACUUCCACAAUCCAGAGGUUUGAGAUUACAAGACUAUCUAAUUAAACCAAUUCAAAGAAUAUGCGCCAGCAGCAAUUGUCUCAACAGUAUCCGUUUGACGUCAUACGAUACCAACAACCCAACCGUGAUAGCAUUGCAAAUCGAUCUACUCUUUGCUAACACCGAUGAGCGCGAAGAUAUCCACAGAAUUCUGAACUGCCAGAUUCAAGGCUGUAAAGAGAUCUGCCAGAAACUCAAGAGCAGAGGCAGUCAGGAUGUAUCGAACGCCAUUCAAAUCUGGGUGGACAACAACGAACAAGCCGCCGAAAUCAUUCAAUUCUCCUCCAUCAUAAAAUUCACGAAAUCCUCCUCGACCUCACCAUAUGCAUCACUACAAAAUCUUCAAAAUGCACUAAGUUCAUCACAAUCUUCAAUUAGUACUACAUCUUCAAAUAAUAAUAAUAAUAAUAAUAAUAAUAACAAUACAUCACUAUCAUCAUCAUCAUCAUCACUAUCAUCGUCUACAGCAUUUUCGACUUCCUCUUCAAACUUGAACGAUACUUUUAACAACAAUAACAAUAAUAAUACCAAUAACAAUAGUAGUAGCACAUUAAGCGAGGCAUUUAAUAGUAUGAAGAUAGGUUUUUCAUCUUUAAAGAAAAAGAAGAAAUCGUCACACCAACCGAUACCUGCAUUCGAAUAA